GACUCGGCCUCGGCUUGCUAGGAGAUGUCGCGGCUUGGCGAGGACGGCGAGAGGAAGGCGGGUUCUGGGUUGCGGGCCGAGGCGCAGGUGAAUGAAUUUAAAGAAAAUCAAAACAUCGUUUAUGCCUCUCUGAGACCAGUACAGACCACAGUUUUAGGAAAAACAGCAAAGGUUUGUCUUGCCCCCUUCUCCCUCAGUGAUUACAAAUUGGAGCAACCUAAACAUUCCAAAUCUCUGUCAGAAAAGAAUUCCAACUGCAUGAUGGUAUGUCAGAAGACUGAACUAAAAGCUUGUGAAGAAAUUUUAAUUCCAAAGAUGAAAGUCAUCCCUUCCAAGGCAGAAUCUUCUCUGCAAAAGUUGUCCUUAGAUGUUCAUACUGAAAGCAGCAAGCCAGGACACGAGAGCCCUUCAGCUGCCACCAUUCUGAGUGUUGACAUGGAGAGCAGUGAUGAAGAUAUCAUACCAGACAUGGAUGAUUUUUCAGGAUUGUCACCAUAUGAAAGGAAGAGACUGAAGAACAUAUCAGAAAAUGCAAAAUUUUUUGCUUCACUUCACUUGUCUGAGUCGGCUGCAAGGCUCCGUGACAUGAUCAAGAAGAGACAGCCUCCUAAAACCAAAAGAAAAAAGCCUAAUAAGAAAGAAAAUGAGAUUGGAUGUAGACGGUCAAUGCGGUUGCUAAAAGUCAAUCCGUCAGGAGUCUCAUUACCAUCAAAUCCAACACAGCCAGUAUUAAUAGAAGAUGAAAAUCCCUUGUUACCUCCUGGGCCUUUAGAAAUGCUUCCUGAAAAUGAAGAUGAUGACCAUGAACUAUUUAAAGGAUUUCUGCAGACAUGGGGAGCGAUGAACAAGACAAGUAGUAAGAACGUGGAGAAAUUGCCCAGCAUUAAAAGCUAUAAAGCCAAUUUAAAUGACAUGGUCAUUAAUGAAGAUACUGUUCAUAAAGUUACCAAAGGCUCCAUAUCUUCUGUGGCUGUGCACCCAUCAGAAAGUAGAAUUCUGGUAGCAGCUGGCUCCAAAUCUGGGCAAAUUGGACUUUGGGAUUUGACUCAGAAACAUAAAGAAGAUGGGACAUAUGUUUUCUGUCCUCACAGUCAACCUGUUAGCUGUCUUUACUUCUCACCUGCCAACCCUGUCCACCUCCUGUCCCUGAGCUAUGAUGGCACAUUGCGAUGCGGGGAUUUCUCCAGAGCUGUCUUUGAUGAGGUUUACAGAAAUGAAAGCAAGAGCUUCUCCUCCUUUGACUUCUUGACAGAGGAUGCUGCAACUUUGUUAGUAGGACACUGGGAUGGGACCCUGUCACUGGUGGAUAGACGGACAUCUGGGACUUCUUAUGAGAAUCUUAUUAGUUCUUCUAUGACAAAGAUAAGAACUGUUCAUGUGCACCCUGUGCACCGACAGUAUUUUAUCACUGCAGGAUUGAGGGACAUCCAUGUCUAUGAUGCGAGGUACCUGAGUUCCAGGAGAAGACAGCCUUUGGUGUCUGUGACUGAACACACGAAGAGCAUUGCUUCUGCCUACUUCUCACCUGUUACUGGUAACAGAGUGGUCUCUACAUGUGCAGAUUGUAAGCUGAGGAUCUUCGACAGCAGCUGUGUGUCUUCCCAGAUGCCUCUCCUCACCUCUAUCAGGCACAACACUGUCACCGGGCGAUGGCUCACCAGGUUCCAAGCUGUGUGGGACCCUAAACAGGAAGAUUGCAUCAUUGUUGGCAGCAUGGCCCAGCCCCGCCGGGUUGAGGUCUUCCAUGAGACAGGAAAGGGGGUGCACUCCUUCCAGGGGGAGUGCCUCGGCUCCGUGUGCUCCAUCAGUGCCAUGCACCCAAGCCGCUGUGUCUUGGCUGGUGGGAAUUCCAGUGGACGACUGCAUGUUUUCAUGAAGCCAGGAAGCUUCUGAGUUUCUGUGGUAGGCUUACCUGUUUGUUCAGAUUGAUCACCGUCAGAGGAACUUGAGGGUUUUGUGGCUUCAUGUGUGUACUUGGUUAUGUGUUACAAUUAGGAAAUAUACAGUGCUUUAUGAAUAAGAACUGUGGCUGGCUCUGGUGAUCUCAGGAUGGUGGGAGGAUGCUGAGGCAGGAGGAUCGCAAGUUUUAGCCUAGUCCAGGCAACUUAGGGAGACUGUCUUAAAAAAUAAAGUUCUGGGGAUAUAGCUCAGUGCAAAGGUCCUGCCUGGGUUUAAUCACUAGUACUAUAAAACAAAAGAAAAAACAAAACACUGAGCAGAAUGUACCUUUAGUAAAAUAGAAGCCCCUGGAGCUGUUCCUCUGGGACAGGCAGGGACUUUGAGUAGAGGCCAGCAUCCAUUAGCACUUUCAUCAGGCAGCGUGUGGAGAAACUCAAGCACAACGGACUGUAAAGCUCUGAAUGACUGCUGUUGUCAUUUGUAAUCCUUUUUUGUAUGAUUUUGAUUCUAUAGUGACCUAUAGAUUUGUGGUUUAUUUUAGCUUGAAGUGAAUUAUUUAUUUAUAGAUCCAGAUAUUGGAAAGGAUCCUAAAAGGUCAUCUGACUCAGUGACUUUGAAACCUAGUUUUUAUAUCUGAGAACUUCUUUCUGCACCCAGCCUCUCAUUUCAGCCUGGUGAAGUCCUCAGAUAAUUGCUGAGAAUCUUUGGCGCACUGCAGGUAGGACUGGGGUAAGGGGGGCUGCCACAAUCUGUCCCCCAGUUCCAGGGCUCAGAGCACAGGGUCAGAACCCUGUAUUCUAGCACUGGUCUGCCAGUAGGUGAGGUUCCAGCUAAGGAGCUUAGCUCUUCAGGGCUAGUGUUUAAAAAGGAGAAGGAACCACGGUGUGGUGGCACACACCUGUAAUCGCAGCACUUGGGAGGCUGAGG